AUUCUCUAAUGUUUUCAGUUUAUUGUAGUGCGAAUCUGCUCCCUCUAACUCUGAUUUUUAUAUUGGAAUAUCGGAGAAGGGAUCCGUGGAUGGUCUUCUUCUCCGCUAAAAUCUUUAUCCGUUCUCGAUCUACCUUCAUUGGAGGACGAGACAUAGGUAGGGCGAGGAGUGAUAGAAGCACGGCGAGCCAGUAAUGGAGGAGAGCGGCGGCGGAGGUGCGGUGAUUGAGUUGAAGGCAGAGGAGGAAGAAGGCCCGUCGCCAGAGGAAAUGGAUCCAGUGUUUAUCAGCUGCCUGCUGCAGCCUCCCGUGUCCCACCAUGAUCCCAACUACGUUGGGAUCCGUCGUGUUCUCCUCCAUCGCAAAGGCCAUUCACUCCUCCAACGCAAGGACUGGCGGUGCAACACGAGAAGCUAUUCUGCAUAUCGAAAUUUCAUCCGGAGGCCAAGGAAUUGGGAAAGUAAAAUCACACAGAGCUAUCUAAGCACACCAAGUAACAGUGGGCAUUGGGCCUCAUCUCAAGGCCCCCAAUCUAUUUUGUUUGACACUGAGAGCCAAAGUUCUAGCCGGGACUUGAGAGGUUUCGGUUUAUCAGUUGGUCACCGCUCAAGUUUUAGUUCAAAUGAUGCAGAUCACCAGUUUGGGCUUGUUGAGCCUGCAUAUUCUUUUGUUGGGAUGCAUUGCAUCUUUGACAACUGCAAAGCUUCAGUUACCAUCUUAAAAUUUGGGCAUAUGAGUUCUGAUUUACUUGCAUAUGGUGCCACUGAUGGAAGUCUUACUGUUUGUCACGUAUCGGAAUCUCCUUCAGUAAUUCAGCACCUAAAAGGACAUUCAAAAGCUAUUACCGAUUUUGAUUUUUCAUCAAAUAAUCAGUACAUUGCUUCAUCCUCCGUGGACAAAACUGUCCUAGUCUGGGAGAUUUCUAAAGGUCAUUGUAUUCGAGUCAUAUACGGGACAUCUUCUCAACUAUGCAUCAGGUUUCACCCGGUAAAUAACAACUUACUUUUUGUUGGCAAUGCAAAUAAGGAAAUCAAUAUGAUCAAUUUUAGCACUGGUCGAGUUACUAAAAAAGUUUACUUUGAUAAGGAAUUGACAGCUAUGGACAAUGAUCAUACCGGACAACUUAUUUUCUGUGGAGAUGCACAAGGAUGCAUAUACACUGUCAGCGUCAACUCCCAUACAGGAUCCAUAUCCAGGUCACAUAAAAAUAGGAGUAUGAGGAGCAAGUCUCCAAUUACAACGGUGCAGUAUCGUACAUUUUCUUUGGUAGCUCGGUGCCCUGUGCUUCUUGUGUGUGCUCAAGAUGGCAAUCUUUGUUUCUUCAGUGUAGCCUUGGAGAUACAAGGCUAUCUGACUCUUUUAUGCUCACUAAAGCUUUCUCCAAGGCGACAUAGCAUCCGCGCUUCGUUUUGCCCCCUUCUUUCCCUUGAGAAAGGGGAAUUCAUAGUUGCCGGCAGCGAGGAUUCAAAUGUUUACUUCUAUGAUUUGACACGGCCCAAGCAUGCCUGUGUAAAUAAGUUGCAGGGUCAUGGAUCUCCUGUGAUAGGUGUUGCCUGGAAUCAUGGUGAGAAUUUGCUAGCUUCAUCUGAUUCAGAAGGCACUGUAAUUGUCUGGAAACGAGCAAAGACCAGAUAAAACCUGGUAACACUGUCAGAAAAUUAGACAUUAUGGUUUCGUUUGGGACAGUUUUUUUACUGCUUCUUAAAGCAGCUUAUUAGUAUGCAAAUUUUAAUUUUGGUAAUACAAAGUUGCUUUAAGAAGCAGUAAGAAAGCCGUCCCAAAUGAAGCCUAUAACAUACUGGCUUUUGCAAGUUUUGAGCUGAUGUUUAGAUAGGUUUACAAUGCUAAAACCUUUCCAGAUAUGGCAGUUUCAGAAUAUUGUUCACAUUCAGAUUCAACUGAAGAGCAUAUAGAGCAAGAAUAUUUCCUAAUAUUUAUUAAUAUGGGCAGCACCAAAUUGUUGAGAAUUCUAGGAGGCUUAAAGCAACCCAACAUCUUGUUUACAGCAAUAUGAUCUGAAAUAUGUUUGAUAUUAUGCUGCUGCAGUCUUUUCAUACCAGAUGUAGAUAACAUUUCUGUUAAUCUGAUCAGAUACAAAUAUGCAUAUGGUUUACAUUUUUCCUUGCUAAAUUCAUAGUAAAAUCAAAAUAUGAGGUAUGUGCA